AUGGAUGAAGUCUAUGCAAACUUGGAUCAGUCUUGUACUGUUCCACGACGGCUUAUGUAUCUUUGGUGUCACUGCUGCAUGGUUCUUCAUGGAAUCCUAACUAAUACCAUUUAUGAAGGUGAAUCCCAAAUUAAAUCUAUAUAUCAAUCAUUAUAUGAGAUAUCCUUAACUCGAAAAUCAGUGCAUCAAAAACAAAUAUUGAAGGAUGGGAAUCAUGAUCUAUUCAUGUAUUGCACAUGUUUCAUGUUUACAAUCGAUAUUGGUGUAAAUAACCGAGCCUGUACCAGUAGUCUGGCCGAUCCAAACUUUAUAGAGUCGAUUUCGAACUAUGAACCAGAACCUCGUCCAUACUCUAGUCAAUGGUGGAUAUUAAGAAUACACGUCAUUAUAUCGCGUAUCCAGUUUUUUGCAUAUAACCAAAAUGUCCCCACAAAAGAAGAAAUGCAGUCGAAUGUCCGGUAUAAAGCUUGGGAAGCAAUUUUACACGACUUGACCGAAUAUGAACGGACACUUCCACAAACACUUAGGCCCUACUCUGUCACACACAAAAAUCCAGUCUUCAGCUUUAAAAACAUUCACGUCACUGAUGAAAGCGCUUUAUUAACUAAUAUAUUAUACCAUUCGGCAUUUAUCUGGAUGUAUCACCUCCAACCGGAUUUAACACCAGAUGAACUGCAACAGGUUCCGCCUUUAUCUCUACCACAUGCAUAUUCUAUUUUAGGGUUAUUAAUUAAUUGUGAAAAACCGACUCUAUGGAUGAUCACAUUUUGGACACAUAAACAAGCUUGUAUUUGUCUUGAAGAUGCCGAAGCUCGAGAGGAUGCACAAGAACUUAGUCGAGAUCAUCUAACUCAAAAACAACCGGAUCAUGGAACUUUCAAUAUCUACGUCAAGCCCGUUACAUGGCCUGUUCCACAUAUUAAUACAGGAUUCAUCCCAAAAGACAAUAAAGAAGAGUUUGCCUCAACGUUUAAUAACUCGUUGAAAAAUAGCAUAGCCCCUCUUGAAAACUAUCUUUGUUUACCUACAAUCAAUACCAUUGCAGAAGUAUCUACAAUAUCAAAAUUGUUAAAUUCAGAAGACAAACUUAAUGAACCAAAACCCUCAAUCUUAACAGAUUCCGAUGAAGCAUUUCUUCUCCGUUAUUACAUUGAAUCUAUUGGACCAUUUAUGUGCACGUUUUCCGCAGAUGACUUUAAUUUACAAGUUAUAUCUCACUUGGCUUUAAAAGAGCGAAUGGUUUUGGAUACAAUAUGCUUUAUAUCAUCAGUAAUUCUUUGCUUUGAAACCCCUGGUUUUAUCACUAAAGAAACAAUCGUAUUUUAUCAUGAAAAAGCUAUGAAACAAAUUAAUGAAACCAUUGACAUGACAAAAAACUACAAUAGAAAACUUUUGUCCACUUGGUGUACUAUGUUAAUUCUUCACUUUGACCUGAUAAGUGUUUCUAACUUAGCUGGACAAAACAAGAUUCGUGAAGUAUACAGACAGCUUCAUGAAAUUAUACAGCUACGUUCUGAAUAUAUCAAAAAGCAGGCACAUGAACUUGGGAAAGGAAGCGAAGAUUCAGGUCCUCAAGAUAUCUUUAUACCCUGCCUUUGUUUGAUUUUUGCAAUGGACGUCAGUUAUUCCCAUCGUACUGGAAAUGUGGGUUGUUUUGAGCCAGGUUACUUUCGAUCACUUAUAGACUUUGAAAAUCAACCCAGAAUGUAUUCCCUCAACUGGUGGUCAACAAAUUUACUAAAUUUAUUACUGGAAAUGCAAUGCUUUAUUCACGACCAAAAUGUUCCCACCCAGAAAGAAGUGAUAGAAAAUGCACGUUUUAAAAGAUGGAAAAAACUUUUCAAUAUUUUAAAAGAGUUCGAAACUAACUUCCCUCAGUCAUUGAAACCGUACGCAGUAGUAUCAAGAUAUGGCUCUUCUGGAUUCCCAAAUGUAUUUACUGUAAAUGAACAUCUCCUAGUUCCUAAUGUGUUUUAUCACGCUUCUUGGAUAACUCUGCUUCACUGUCGACCAAAUAUGACUGAAGACGAGAUAAACGCGGUUCCACCAGGGUGUUUGGAUCAUGCAAUCAAUAUAAUCGGUUUGCUUAGAAACUGCGAAAGCACAACAAUAUGGUUCAUUUCUUAUUGGACUCAUAUGACAGCAAGUAUGUGCCUUGAAGACCCCGAUCAUCGCAAUGAAGCUAUCGAUUUCAGCCGUCAAUAUGAGUGGAUGACAGGAUGUUUGUUUCAUUUACGGUGGGAGUUUGUUAAGAAACGAUGGACACAAAUAGACUCUUACAAAAAACGUAAGGCCCGUCCAAAAUAG